UUACAGUGGGGCAUUCUCUUUAGAAAGCUCUAUUGACCAUUUAGGCCCGAUGGCAAAAACGGUUGACGAUUGUGCCUUGUUGCUGGAGGUGUUGGCAGGUUCUGAUGGGUUCGACUCAAGGCAAAGGGUUCGAGAUGUUCCUAGUUUUACGACACAAAUAGACGGAGGCGUUGCUGGACUAAAAAUAGGGUUUGUAGAUGAAGGAUUUACCACGUGCGAGGCUGAUGUCAUAAAGGUCGUCAAGGCAACCAUUGAUAUAUUUAAAAAAGCCGGGGCCAAUGUUGAAGAAACGUCCAUUCCUUUACAUAAAUAUGGUCAAGUCAUUUGGAGUCCACCUACUCUCGAAGGAGCGUAUCUUCAAGGAAUCGUGGGUGCUAAUAUCGGCAACAAGGGAUUCUAUCCGAAUUCAAUGAUGGAACAUUUUAAAAAAUCAUUGAAAGCGAGACCACAUGACCUCCCUAUGACGUUUCAAUUGGUGUCUAUGUGGGGAGAAUAUACAAAACGCUUCUACCAGUCAAAACACUACGGGAAGGCGCAGAACUUGAACCUUGCUUUAACCGCUGCAUAUGAUAAAUCAUUGGAAACGUAUGACGUCAUAGUUAUGCCAACAUUACCAUUUAAAGCCCCAAGACUCCCAAAUGCAGAUACAGACUUAAAAGGUCUACUUACUGAAGCUCUCAACAUGGUGUACAAUACCUGUCCCUUUGAUAUUACUGGACAUCCUGCGAUAUCUUUAAAUGCUGGCUCUUCUGAGGGUUUACCGAUAGGUAUCAUGAUAGUCGGUCGCCAUAACGAUGACGCCACUGUUUUGAGAGUAGCCAAGGCAUUGGAGAGUAGAUUGAAACUUUGAAAUGUUAAAUACGACUUUUAAUAUGUGUACACCAAGUAACUUACCCAUUUUGACCAUUUAUUAAGGAUAUGUUGAUUUUUGUGGUUUGGGGGAAAAAAUCACUUAAUAUGAAAACCUGAUGCUUGUGUGUGAAAUAUAUGUUUAUAUGUACCAUCAAUAAGAAUUGUUUGCAGUAUAUCGCCAUUUUGGAAUUUUUGGACAUCUGCAAUGCACGAGGAAUAUAUAAGCACAAAUGCCAAAGGGAAGGGUGACUAAAAACUUUAAAGAAACCCAACAAGAAAA